UUAGAUGUCUCGUUGUCUGUCAAUGAUAAGUCAGAGGAAGAUAAGUAUUACGUCAAGUCAUCAAAUGCCUUGACCGAUACAGCUGCUACAAACUCGAAUCACUAUCCCACGAGUGUCAAAUAGCUCAAAUAUCGGCCUUUAGUUUGUAUUUUGCAUGAAGGUGGAAUCCCUGGUAAUUACCAAUCAGCCAUAUAAAGAUGAAUUUGUUCCCGAACUUUAUACACGCCACCCGUCACACUACGGGAGUUGGUUAUAAAAUAUUUUUUCAUUUGAUCAUUGGUUAGUUUUUUUUUUUUUUUUAACUGUUGGAUUGGUGAAUUACCUAAAUAACUUUUAAUAUAUUUAGUCUCCGUAGCUUCUGUUCAGUAUUCACAAAAAAGCUUACAACGCAACUCCUUGCUUUAUUUUUUAUUGACUAAACAAAUCAAUAAAUUCAGAUUCCCAGUAUUAUGAAUCGUGACAUAACAUACUAGCUCGGAAUUGGAUUAGAAUUCACUACUAAAAAAAGGGGAUUUUUUGACCAAAUAAUUUCGACCUCACUUUUUGGUGGAAAAAAAAUCCACCACAUGAGGUCGAAAUUUCCAAAUUGAUCUUUUUUAUUUAUUUUCUUUAGGAUUUUGACCACAUGGGGUCGUUUUUUUAUUGGAAAAUAUGAUUUCGACCUCAUGAGGUCGAUUUUUUUUUGGUACAAAUAAUAAAUGAAAAAAAAAAUCAUUUUGCACAAAAGUAAAUUAUAUAAAUAUAAAAUAAUUAAUUAAAAAAUUAAAAAAAAUCAAAUUUCGACCGCAUGAGGUCGAAAAAAUUAAUUCAAAUCUGGUCAAAUCUGACUGAAUUUUUUCGACCACAUGCGGUCAAAAAAGUUGAAUAAAUAAUACACCCACAGGCCGAUGAAAAUAUUUCAUCUCCCCCCAAAACUUUCUCUUCUCUUUCAAAAAAAUUUACCCUCUCUAAACUCAUCUUCCCCAAAUUCCCACCACCCCACCAACACGGCGUUCUCCAAGUAGGCGACGCCGUCCAUUUAAACCACCGAAGUAGCUACCAACCGCCGCCGACUGAACAGUGAGUUGGAUUCUGGACCCAUCUGGUUAUGGCUUACAUCUUUACUUUCUGGACUUGCUAUGUGCUGAAAAGAGAGUAUGAGAUAGUUGCAUCGAUGAGGUUGCAUUUUCUUGCAUCUGAACGUCGACGACCAGAUCAAUUUACACUUCUAUCCAUGCAAAGCAACUAAAAGGGUUUCACAGUCAGUCAAAUCACUCUAUAGAGGCGCCAUUUCGUCUUGGGGCAAGGUGCCGGUGGAUCUGAAGAAGCAGAUGUUUCUAGAAUUCAGGACAAAGUGUUUUUGGAACCCGGAACAUGAGACACUAGUAGCGCAAAAUUUCGAGAAAAAGGCGGGGAAUAUACUUAAGCAUGCGUUACGUAGAGCCCGUCAAAAAGUCCUGCAGCCUAAGUGGACCCGUGAUGAUAACAGGAAGAAACUGCUGCACUUCUGGGCAACUGAUCCGACGUUUUUAAAGCAAAGCGAAAAUGGGAAGAAGGCCAGGGCCUCAGAUAAGGGUGGAUUUCCACACACUAGUGGGGCCACCAGCCAUGAGGACGUUAGGAUGAAGCUGACGCUCGAGAGGGGUCAGGAAGUACCUCAAGAUGAAGUCUUCAAGAUUACUCACACGAGGAAGGCGAAGAACGCCGAUGGUACGGACCAAUGGAUUGAGCCUAGGGCUCAGCAAACCUAUACUGAGUUUCAACGACACAAGUUAGAAUAUUGUGCAAGUCAGCCAACCGGGACGUCGAUGACCAACGAGAUAAUUGCUCAGCAGUGGAUGGAGAAGAUAGCUCCCCCGAUAAGGUAUGGGACAGUUUAUGGGAUGCCUAAUCGAGCAUGUCGUCAAUUUCUGUCAUUCCUUCAAGGCGUAGGUACUACUUCUGAAGGGGCAGUGGAUCCUAAGGAGUAUCAAGAAAUGAAGCUGAAAGUUAAUCAACUAACAAGUACACUUAGUUCCACGGAGGCAAGGAUGUUGCAUAUGCAGGCCCAAAUUGACAGCUUACUCAACUCGGGGCCCUCUCAUAUUCCCCCGUAUCCCGGGGAUGCUCGUAGGUCACAACCCAGUAGACGACGUAGGUCACAAGACAAUGUAGUUCAUGCUCUUGUUGAUGAGGAUAGUGGGGAGGAAUCGGAUCAUGUCUCUAACACCUAAUGUUGACUCUUUUGAUUUGUAUACUUUUGGAUUGUAAUAUUGCUAUGUUUUCUUGGAUAUGUAUAUUUUUUUAUGAUAGUUUUAAUUC